AUGGGGAGAAGUGCCUUUGCCCUGGUCCUCGCCCUGGCCCUGGCAGUGUGUGCUGCCUCUGCGGAGAGGAAGUGCCUUCUCUCCGGGUCGUGGCGGAGUGACACCAGCAGCCGGAUGGUUGUGUCCACCCUGAACGAGGACAACAGAUUCUCUGGUUUUUACCUGCCGGGACCUGCUGCUGGCUACUCAGAACUCCUCACCUCACCACUGGAGGGGUCCCAACAAGAUACAGAGCUGGUCCCACAGCCCACCUUCUCCUUCACUGUGAGCUGGAGGCUCCAAGACUCAGAGACUGUCCGGACAAGUGUCUUCCUGGGCCAGUGCUAUGUGGACUCCAAGGGGGAGGAGACCCUGCAUGCCCUGUGGCUCCUGCGAGAGGCAGCUGACAGUCCUGCAGAGGACUGGAAGGGCACCCGGAUUGGCACCAGCACCUUCACACGGAUAAAAUGA